CUGAGGAGCGGGGCGGGCUGCGAGGCGGCUGUGUUGCGUCAAGGCGUUUUCAGGGACCCCUCAGCGCCGGGCAGCUCGCUGGGAGCGGAUUUCCAAGGGAUGGCUGCGGGAUGCGGGGGUCGCCGUGAAGCUGCGGUGCGGAUUUCGGCCCUCCUGGAUGCUGGGUGUCCGUUAGCACAGCUCGCCUGAGGGUGACCGUCCUGCUGCUCGGGUGUAAUCUUCUGCAAUGAAUAAACGGAAGUUAAAGGAGAGCAGUGGUACAGAUGGGGAAUGCAUCUCGCAGGUGCAAAAAGUGCUACGUGAAAGACUGUGUCACCAUCAUGCUAUGGGAAAAUUGUUUGGGAUGGAUCAGCAGUACAAGCAUCUGCUGGAACUGCUGAAGCAAACUGCAGUUCAUGGAGAAAGUAAUUCUGCCCUCAUUAUUGGACCCCGUGGAUCAGGAAAGACUGCGUUAUUAAAUCGUGCCUUAAAAGACCUCAGAGAAAUGAAACAAGUUAAAGGGAACCUCUUGGAAGUUCAUCUGAAUGGGCUUUUGCAGACAAAUGAUAAAGUGGCCUUGAAGGAAAUCACCAGGCAGCUGCACCUGGAAAAUGUGGUUGGGGAUAAAGUUUUUGGCAGUUUUGCAGAAAAUCUUGUGUUCCUUCUUGAAGCUUUAAGGAAAGGAGACAGAACCAGCAGCUGCCCAGUCCUGUUUGUGCUGGAUGAAUUUGACUUGUUUGUGCACCACAAGAACCAGACGCUGCUGUACAACCUGUUUGAUAUAUCCCAGUCAGCACAGACUCCAGUAACCGUUAUUGGACUCACAUGCAGGCAGGAUAUUCUGGAGCUCUUGGAGAAGAGAGUGAAAUCGAGGUUCUCUCACCGACGGAUCUAUUUGAUGAAUUCCUUUGCUUUUAAGCAGUACCUUAGGAUAUUCAAGGAGCAGCUUUCUCUUCCUGCUGAAUUUCCUGACAAGGUUUUUGCACAGAAAUGGAAUAGCAACAUUCAGCUUCUAUCAGAAGACAGGACUGUUCAAGAUGUACUGCAGAACCUCUUUCACUACAGCAAGGAUCUGCGUUCGCUCCAUUUCCUGCUGAUGCUUGCUCUAAGUAAUGUUACUGUUCGUCACCCUCUUAUCACCGCAUCAGAUCUUCAGGAGGCGAGCAAGCAGUACAGGAUGGACUCAAAAGCAAAUAUUGUCCAUGGUUUGACUGUCCUGGAAAUCUGCCUAAUUAUAGCUAUGAAACACUUAAAUGAGGUUUAUGAAGGAGAGCCAUUUAACUUCCAGAUGGUUUACAAUGAAUUUCAGAAGUUCAUACAAAGGAAGGCACACUGCAUGUACAACUUCGAAAAGCCCGUCGUUAUGAAGGCAUUUGAACACUUACUGCAACUGGAAUUAGUGAAGCCCAUAGAAAGGCCGUCGGUGCGUUCUCAGCGAGAGUACCUCUUAAUGGAGCUGCUUUUGGACAACAAUCAAAUCAUGGAUGCUUUGCAGGUGUAUCCCAACUGCCCCACAGAUGUCAAACAGUGGGCAGCUUCGUCGCUGAGUUGGUUGUGAACGUCUGGAACCUCACAGCACCACUGCAUCAGGACAUUUGGAGGUAACUGCAGUCUCUGAAGGAUGUAAAACCCACAAUCUGGGGGUCAAAUGAAUAAAUUUUUGCAAGAAGGUUUGCUUUGCUUUGCCUUGCCAGUUGUUUUUGCAUUUGUUUUAAUUUUUGAAGAACUACGGUCCUAUUAGCUUGUAAUAGCAAUGAAUUUGAAGGCCUUAAAAGCACUGAGCUGAGAUGAACAGAGCAAGCUCCCCCCUUUCCUCACUAUUUUUACUUUGUAGAGAUCAGAGCAGUUGCUCUUCUGAGUUUCUUCAUCUCAGAUUAAGGCUGCUUCAGCGCAGUGGCAAACUGCAGCAGAUGUCGUGGCUCUCAGGCUGUAGGUUCUGAUCCAUCUGCAAUACAACUUAAGUUUUGGAUGUCAGGUCAAACCUUCACUCACAGCCAGCUUCAUCUGCUAAGUGGUGUUUUUAUGUGAAGCUGCCUUUCUUACCCACCCACUUUCUAUCCUGGUGGUUCAACUGCUUUCCUCCUCUGCUUCCUUACUUUUGAAGAUGUUGUCUGUGCAUUUUGCAGGACACAGUGGUGCUUUGAAAGGCAGCAAAAUAAUUAGCAGGAGACUCAUGACAGUGAUGAGGUUCCUCCAAGUGAUGGCUUGGGCAACAUCCAUGAGACUAUCAGAAUGCAAUGCUAUUGGAAACCAAGUCAAAUAGGUUGAAGGUUUUUUAAGCAGAAAAAAAAUUACAGAAAGAGAAGUAUUUAAUCAGCAACAACAGUUGGUUCAUUCUUCAGUCCAAUGAGCAGAAUUCAAAGCUGCCAUGUAUGAGCUAGCUUAGUGGUAGCUAUCUGCCCCUCCUCUACGUCCUUUGGAAGGAAAGAGCAGAAGGCUGGGGAUGCAGGGCUGUGCAUGGGGGUGGAGAAGUUUUGCUUGGAGCAGCUUCCCUCUUCUACCUUUGCUCAGACCCCUGUUGCUGAGGGUCAGAGUGGGAAAUCUGAGAACCUUGGUCCAGAAUAAGACAGCAGUGCCAGGAGAAGAGCUGUCCCAGUGCUGGGGGAGAUCAGCACCUCUGCUGCAGACUGAAAUGCUGUACUUCUGGACAAGGUUAGCAUUUCCACAACGCUGCCCAUUAAGGCUGUUUUGAAGCUCCUCCUAUGCAGGUGGAAGUGGCUUUGUUUGGUAGUCUUGAACCCAUGUAUCUGAUCUAUGCUGAAAAUGUGAUUUACAGUUUCACAGAAAACCAACAAGUCUGACUUCAGUCUAGUGCCACUUGUAGGACCAAAUCUACAAUUGCAAUAUUGCAGGCUGGGAAAAGAAAAUAGAACAAGAUGUUAGAUAUCUCCAGCCUAAAGGCUGGGCUGAUGAAGCUGAAUGUUUUGAGUUUGAGUUCAGUUAUCUCCAAACCCUUCCAACCCCCCUUCUGUGCUGUGCAGUGCUGCUGGGGCACCUGAGUGCUGGCGAGCAACAGCAGCUCCUGCAGAACUGCUUGGGAAAUGACUGCAGAAGUAGAGAAAUAGCUGUUUCUCCUCUUAAGUGUUACAAACUCAAAAAAAAAAAAUGCAUCUGCAAGUUGUAGUAGUCACAUUUUUUAUUUUAACUUUUGGGGGAAUAGGGGAAAAAGAGCAUACAUUUGUAUUUGUACAAUAUUUAACAAUCACUUUAUUGGGAGGGGAGGGAGUUGGUUUGUUUUUUGUACUUGCAGAAAAACAGCAAGUACAUCUGACAGUAGUACAACAACCUGUGCCCAAAACACUGACAAAUACAAAGAGUAAAGUUAAAAUAAUUGCUUACCAAAGUCUUGAGAGGUAACGAAUAGUUUAUGGACUGAAACUGCACUUAAAAUAAUAAUUAAAAAAAAAAAGUACUGCUGGUUGAGUAUCUGAGGUAAAAGAUGUUCCAUCAAGGAUGCUACUUGAAUCAUUUUGCCCAUGAACCCACAUUACAGCUUUCUGUAUUUUGUACCAAGUGUUCCUAAUAAACGGCAUCGUAUUAAAAAAGGCUACAAACGAGAAGCUGGAAAAAGAGCAGAGUGAUGACCCUGUUCUUUCUGGCCAAUGCUAAUAUGACCAGGAGCUGUCAUCUUCCUGUCUGAUUGUGUUGUAGUUAAUGCACCAACGUUGGUCUUUGGACUGACUUCUCCUCAGGAGCUGAGGUACCGGGGAGCUUUGCAGCUCAGCCACGCAUUUGUUCCUAAAGAACACAGGGGCAGCAGGCACGUGGGUAAUGCUGAAAUGCUUCCACCUGCAUCAACCUCACUGCAUCCUGCUUGGGUUUAUGCUCCAAAAAUGCUGGCUCUGACAUUUCUCAGCUUGCACGUUUAAUGCUCCAGCAGUGAACCAGAAGUAAACCAGAGUGCCCUGCGAGAGCAGCUGUACCUGACCCAAUUGGAAAGCAUUUGUACUGUGAAUAUCUUUUUCACAGCUGCACUGAAUUAUGCUGUUGCAAAUCAGGAAAUUCAGAGUAGCGCAGUAUUUGUAAGCUCAGAUAUACCCCAAUGCAGUUUUAAAACACGAAGAAAAGCAAUCUUGGUUUCCUGGGGCAAAGCUCAGCAUGUGCAGGGGUGCAGCUCUCUGCUACCAGACCCUGCAGUGGCUGCAGUCUAGAGGACAACACAAAAGUGCUGCAUGUUUUGGACAGGACCACUUCGCUUGAGAACUUGGCCUGUAUCUAUUCUACUUCUGCUGGGAAAGGGG